AUGUGGUGGACAGACACAGAAGCACAGAAACUUGAAGGGGGCUAUUGCAGUGACUUAGGACGCGCUGCGCACGCACAGCUGCGCGCUCCUCCGGGGAACGUGGGGCGCCAUUUGACCCUGCCGCCGCGCCGUAGGUCGGGCUGCACGCCGCUGGCUGCCAUGGCGGACGUGUCCGAGCGGACGCUGCAGCUGUCUGUGCUGGUGGCCUUCGCGUCCGGGGUGCUCGUGGGCUGGCAGGCGAACCGGCUACGGAGGCGCUACCUGGACUGGAGGAAGCGGAGGCUGCAGGACAAGCUGGCGACGACUCAGAAGAAGCUGGACCUGGCCUGAGACCCCGCGCUGUCUGCCCCCGCCGGCCCCCGCUCGCCCCCGCUCGCCCACCUCGCCUCGCCCACUCGGGGGCUCCGGCCGGGCUCCAGCGUGAGCCACGGUAGCUUCAUACUCCCCUUCUGGUGCGCGUUGCUCAUUUUGGAGAGCCGCGGUUUGUCGACGAUGGAUAUAGAGCACUGGACAGAUCUAAUUUCUCCUUGCACUUUAUGAGUCAAUUUUAUUUUCAAAAUAAAAAAAAUUUUAAACA